AGCACGUAAAUAGCGACCUAAAUAAGAGACAACCCAUCUCUGUAAUCUUCCCCUUAUUUUCGUCUUCCGAUUUCGAUAAGCGCCUCUCUCCUCUUUCCUCCCCGACCCUCGCCAGAGGCUGGUGAAUCCGAAACCUCUGCCGCCGACGGCCUGGUUCAGGUGAUUUGCGGCUGAAGCCCGAACCGAUCGAUCCCAAUCGCUCCGCUGCCGUCGAUUUCUCGCCGGAGGCUGUGAAAUCCCGUGAAAUUAUACGUAAAGCCAUCGGACAAAAAUUCAAAAAUCUCCCACACACCCCCUCCGAUUUUAACACCCCAAGCCGACGCUCGAUCGCUUCCUGUGAUCGCGGCUUCCCUUCUAUGAUUAUCCGUUUCCCUUGCUUCCAUUAGUGAUCGCUUGUAUGGAUUGUAGUUUUUAGUGGAUUUGGAGAAAUUUCCAUGCCAGAGGAGGAGAUGGCUUACUUCAGGAACUUUGAUGAAAACAUGAAUUCCAGUCACGAAUUGAAUGGGAAAGAAGGUGAAGCUGAAGUUGAUGGAGCCUAUUGUUCUCCGCAAACUAGAGAUAUGGAUGCUAGUUUUGUUGAGAAGGAGGUUGAUAAAAAUACUCUUGGGCUGUACAGGAGUGAGGAGGAGACAUAUGAUGUUGGCAGGAAGCAGAGUGAAAUGUGCGACAUGAAUGGUGUGGGAAAGGCAGGAAGAAGAUUAAAUCCUGCUGGUACUUGGGGUUCAAGCUUUUGGAAAGAUUGCCAACCAAUGUGGGGUGCAAAUGAUGAUAAUUAUGAUUCUAUGAAUGUUGAAGAUGGGCCUGAUUGUGACUUUAAGAAAGCCGAAGAAGAAUCUAUUGGCUAUUCUUGUGAAGACUCAGAUUAUCAAAGAGGUGGAGAUCAUUUGCAGAAAGGACAAGCUGAUUUACCUGCAGAUGAGAUGCUUUCUGAUGAUUAUUAUGAGCAGGAUGGUGAAGAACAUAGUGAUUCUUUUCAUGGUCGAGGCGUAAACCACCCUAGCACCUCGAAUUCAAGAUUGCCACCCAAGUCCACCUCUUCCAAUAGAAACAGUUCUAAGAGUUUAAAAGCUGUAAGAUAUGAUGAAUAUGAUGAAGAUGAGGAUUAUAAAGAAGAGGAUGAAGAAAAUGAAGGAGAUGAAGACGAUCCUGAUGAUGUUGAUUUUGAGCCUGAUUUUGAUGAAGCAAGUAGGCACACAAGGAGCAAGGUUAAAUUGUCAGAGAGUGAUGAUUUUGAGGAUGAUGAUGCAGAUGAAGAUGAUGACUUUGAUCUCUCAGAUGAAGAUGAUAUAGAAUGCACAAGUAUCAAACGACAAAGAGCAAGCAGAAAAACGGGACAAAGUUCAAGGGCAACUAAAGAAUACAAAUCCAAUCAAUACAAUAAACGGAAAAGGGGGAGAGCUUUUUCAGAAGAAGCUGAAUCUUUUGAAGAAGAAUCUGAUGAGGAUAGCGAUGGAUACUUUGGUCAAAAAAUAAAGAGAGCAACUCAGUCACGUAAUAAAAAGAUUGGUGGAGGAUUUACCACAACAGCUAGUAUGAGCUCUCCUAGAAAUGAGGUUCGACAUUCUGUUAGGUCAGUGAGAAAGGUUUCUUAUGUUGAAAGUGAGGAAAGUGAGGAUAUUGAUGAAGAAAAGCAAAACAAGCCCCAAAAGGAAGACGCUGAAGAAGAAGAUGGGGAUUCAAUUGAGAGGGUACUCUGGCACCAAAAUAAAGGCAUUGCUGAAGAAGCUGCAAAGAACAAUAGAUCAACUUUACCUGCAGUGCUGACUGCAGUGCUCGAAUUAGAACCUCAUUGGAAUGACAUUGAAUUCUAUAUUAAAUGGAAAGGACAGUCAUACUUACAUUGUGAAUGGAAGCCAUUCUCUGAUCUCCAAAAUCUAACUGGAUUCAAAAAGGUUUUAAAUUAUAUGAAGAAGGCAAAUGAAGAACGAAUCAACAAAAGGUCUCUAUCACGUGAAGAGGCUGAGGUUCAUGAUGUUAGCAAAGAAAUGGAGCUUGAUCUAAUCAAGCAGUAUAGUCAGGUGGAGCGAAUCUUUGCUUAUAGAAUCAGCACAACUGGAAAUGAUGAUGUAGUAACUGAAUAUUUAGUCAAAUGGCAAGGUUUACCAUAUGCUGAAUCAACCUGGGAAAAAGAUACAGAUAUUGCAUUUGCUCAAGAUAGCAUUGAUGAAUUUAAGGCUCGUGAAGCGGCCAUGACCGUGCAAGGAAAGUUGGUCGACUUUCAGAGAAGAAAGAGCAAAGCUAGUUUACGGAGGCUUGAUGAACAACCUGAUUGGUUGAAAGGAGGCAAGCUACGUGAUUAUCAGCUUGAGGGAUUGAACUUUCUGGUUAAUAGUUGGAGAAAUGAUACAAAUGUCAUUUUAGCUGAUGAAAUGGGUCUUGGUAAAACAGUGCAGUCAGUUUCUAUGUUAGGCUUUCUUCAGUAUGCUCAACAAAUUCAUGGCCCUUUUCUUGUUGUUGUUCCUCUUUCAACUUUAUCUAAUUGGGCAAAGGAAUUUAAAAAGUGGCUUCCCGAAAUGAAUAUAGUUGUAUAUGUUGGAAAUCGUGCUAGCAGAGAGGUUUGUCAACAGUAUGAAUUUCAUAAUAACUCCGACAGUAGCAGACACAUAAAAUUCAAUACAUUGUUGACGACAUAUGAAGUUCUAUUGAAAGACAAAGCCGCGCUUUCUAAGAUCAGAUGGAACUAUCUAAUGGUUGAUGAGGCUCACAGGCUCAAGAACAGUGAGGCGUCAUUGUACACUACUUUGUCGGAAUUUAGUACGAAGAACAAGCUUCUUGUUACUGGCACUCCUUUGCAAAACAGUGUUGAGGAGCUAUGGGCUCUUUUACAUUUCCUUGAUCCUGGCAAGUUCAGCAGCAAAGAGGAUUUUAUUGAAAAAUACAAGAAUCUAAGCUCAUUCAAUGAAAUUGAGCUAGCUAAUCUUCACAAGGAACUGAGGCCACACAUUCUACGUAGAGUUAUAAAGGAUGUCGAGAAAUCUUUGCCCCCCAAAAUUGAGCGCAUCCUUCGAGUGGAAAUGUCUCCUCUUCAGAAACAGUAUUACAAAUGGAUUUUGGAGCGUAACUUUCAUAGUCUCAAUAAAGGAGUUCGUGGAAAUCAGGUGUCGCUCUUAAACAUUGUUGUGGAACUGAAAAAAUGUUGCAAUCAUCCUUUCUUAUUUGAGAGCGCUGAUCAUGGUUAUGGUGGAGACAAUGCUAGUGAUAGCAAUAAAGUUGAGCGCAUUGUUUUGAGCAGUGGGAAGCUAGUAAUCCUUGAUAAAUUGUUGACUCGUCUUCGAGAAACGAAUCACCGUGUUCUUAUUUUCUCUCAGAUGGUUAGGAUGUUGGACAUACUUGCCGAAUAUUUAGCACUUCGAGGUUUUCAGUUCCAAAGGCUUGAUGGUAGCACUAGGGCUGAUCUCAGACACCAGGCCAUGGAGCAUUUUAAUGCACCUGGAAGUGAGGAUUUUUGUUUCCUUCUGUCUACACGUGCUGGUGGGCUGGGCAUAAAUCUUGCUACUGCAGAUACUGUUAUUAUUUUCGACUCGGACUGGAAUCCCCAGAAUGACUUGCAGGCAAUGAGUAGAGCUCAUAGAAUUGGACAGCAAGAGGUUGUAAACAUUUACCGUUUUGUUACAAGUAGAAGUGUUGAAGAGGAAAUUUUGGAGCGCGCUAAGAAAAAAAUGGUCCUUGAUCAUUUGGUUAUUCAAAAGUUAAAUGCUGAGGGUCGGCUGGAAAAGAAAGAAUCUAAGAAAGGAAGUUCUUUAUUUGACAAGAAUGAGCUCUCUGCAAUACUAAAGUUUGGAGCGGAAGAACUAUUUAAGGAAGAGAAGAAUGAUGAAGAGAACAAGAAGAGGCUUUUAAGUUUGGAUAUUGAUGAAAUUCUUGAAAGAGCUGAGAAAGUUGAGUCCAAGGGAGAUGAUGGGGAGACAGGAAAUGAGCUGCUAAGUGCCUUUAAGGUUGCAAACUUUUGCAGUGCCGAGGAUGACGGCUCAUUUUGGAGUCGUUUGAUACAACCGGAAGCUGUCGACCAAGCUAAUGAAUCAUUGGCACCUCGUGCUGCAAGAAACACUAAAAGCUAUGUUGAACCUAUUCGACCUGAGAUCAAUGCCAAGCAGAAAAAGAGAGUCCCUCAGUCUCGAGAUAGAAAUCUAAAGCGUUCUGCGAAAGCUACAGAUGCUCCAACCUGCAUGUUGCCAAUGAUUGAUGGUGCUGUUGCUCAAGUAAGAGCAUGGUCUUAUGGGAACUUAACCAAGAAAGAUGCUUCGCAUUUUGCCCGUGCGGUUAAGAAAUUUGGAAUUCAGAGCCAGGUUGGCUUAAUGGUGGCUGAUGUUGGUGGUAUAGUCGAGUCAGCUUCUUUUGAAGCCCAAAUUGAGCUAUUUGAUUUGUUAAUAGAUGGCUGCCGAGAAGCAGUCAAAGAAGGAAACUUGGAUGUCAAGGGAACCAUAUUAGAUUUUUUUGGUGUCGCUGUCAAGGCAUAUGAAAUACUAAAUCGUGUAGAAGAGCUUCAGCUUUUAGCAAAACGCAUAAAACAAUACAAAGAUCCAGUUGCUCAAUUUCGUCUGAUUACACAACAUAAAAGCCCUCAGUGGUCCAAAAGCUGUGGAUGGAAUUCAGUUGAUGAUGCACGAUUACUUCUUGGCGUGCACUAUCAUGGAUUUGGAAACUGGGAAAAGAUUAGAUUAGAUCCUAAGCUUGGUCUGGCGAGGAAAAUUGCUCCCGCAAACCUUGGGGAAAGGGAGACAUUCUUGCCUCGUGCUCCGAACUUAGAUAACCGUGCUAGUGCUCUUCUCCAAAAGGAGUUUGCAAAUAUUAAUGGUAAGAUUUCAAAAGCUAAGGGGUCCCGCAAAGUUUCCAAAAUAGAAGAAAAUACAAUGAAAACAAAACAGCUGAAGGAUGUGAGCUGGAAAGAGAGCUGGAAAGACAUUUCACCUGGAUCCCGUUCUCGGGCAAAUAAAAUGUCACAUCAGAAACGCCGGAAAGUUGAACCAGCAGUCAAGGAAGAAGGCGAAUUGUCAGAGUCCGAGCAAGAACGGUACCAACAGUUCAAAGAAGAAAAAUGGAUGGAAUGGUGCGCAGAUGUCAUGGAAGAGGAAGUUCAAACUCUAAGGCGCCUGGAAAGGCUGCAGACAACUAGUUUAAAUCUUCCAAAAGAAAAGGUUCUCGCAAGAAUUAGAAAAUAUUUACAACUUUUGGGUAGAAAGAUUGACAAGAUUGUUCAACAGCAUGAAUUAUCAUAUAAACAAUCUAAAAUGUAUAUUAGGUUGUGGAAUUAUGUGUCUACAUUCUCAAAUUUGUCCGGAGAAAGAUUACAUGAGAUCUAUUCAAAACUGAAAAAUGAACAAGGUGAAGGUGGGCUUGGACACUCCUAUCUAACCAGUUCAGCCACGGGAACCACCGACAGGAGCGUCAGUACCAGUCAGCCCACUUCUUUCAAGAGGAGUAGACCACAUCAAUUUCAAUCCCAACAUUCAGAAACAUUCCACAAUAGUCAAGCACCACCAAAAGCAGAGGCAUGGAAACGUCGGCGAAGAGCUGACGCGGAUAACCAAGUUCAAAACCAGCAAUUUCAUCAGCAGGCGGCGACGAACAAUGGGGCGCGUUUACCCGAGCCAAACAAUUCUGCCGGAAUUCUCGGGUGGGGUCCGCCAGAAUUGAGGCAAUUUAGUCAUGAAAGGCCUGGUAGAGCGAAUUUUCGAAGAUAUCCUUCAAUCCAAAGACCACCGGUCUGACCUGAAAUUUUUUUUUAUCUGCAUUAUUUGACCAUAGAUAUACAAGACGGCGCAGUUGCAUUCAUCGAGAGAGAGAAGCCGUGGCGCCCCAGGAAAAUUUUUUGCUCGCGGUAAUAAAAAGUUUACUGAUCACAUUUUGUGAUCUACUGAAGCUGCUGUUCUGGUAGAGAAAGCUUAAGCUGGCAGAUUCCGCAAUCCAUAUUCUUUUUUUUCAUUAUGAUAAAGAGCGAAAGCCUGAUAUCGAAGUUAGGGAGGGCUUUUGCAGGUUCAGACAACAGAUAGUCGCCCAAUUUUGGAGGGGCGAGUUCUGUAACAACACAUCAGCAAGUAAUAUUUGACAAUGUUGAAGCAGUAAAGAAAAACUGCUUCACUUCUAGAAAGAUGAAGUCCAUACAUGUUUCCACUCUCUCUAAAUACUGAAUAUAUUUGAAUCCAUUUUCAUAAAUUAUAUAUAUAUUUUUUAGUUUAAUUUUCUUCUUUUGAUUAACCUGCAACUUUUAUCUGUGUAUUUGGGUUUUAUCAGGUUGUAUAUCCAUUAAUCUUUCUGGUUUCAUUAAAUGGAAGGGGGCUGAGUUUUUGAGGUCUUUCUAAUUUUGAGCAACUGGAUAUGCU